GUCUGACUUAAGAAGUCAGUUUCAAGUCGCAUGUGGUGCAGUAAGCAGUGUUAUUUUAGUGUAGAACUAAAAAUAAAAUUAAUAUUGACCACAUGAAAAAUAUUGAGUGCGUGAUUUCUUAUCUGAAUUUAUCGCCUGUUUCGAGUGCUAUCGCUACAAGAUGGCAUCGCUAGCGAUUCGCGAGGCACCUGCACCACCUCCGAUGUCGGCCGUAGAGAUUCAACAGGAGUAUUUCGAAGCUGUAGGGAGCGUGGACUGGGAACUUUAUGAAAAAAAAGAUCGAAAAUAUUUACUUCAAAAAAUUGCCGUAGCGCUGUGUGGUCCGCCGACCAAAGAAGGAAACCUGACUACUGAUGGCCACCUGAAACUUCAAGGCUAUGAACUUCGCGACGAGGAAAGCAUCAUGAAAGUGUUCGAAAAGAUAUGUGAACAAGCAAAAUAUUCAUACAAUGGCGACAAUAUUCUCAUUUCAAUAUUGAGAAUAGUAUGCGUAGUUCCCAAGGAAGAAGUGCCGUUUUACCUUCCAACACCCUCGGACUAUUGGGUUGAUUUGCAUGGAAAAAGGGAGGAAGUUCACACAUACAUUUUUCACGUUUUUUCUUUGAGGCAGUGCAUUUCUAUGAAGCCUGGAGUAAAGAGUUGUCGAGUGUACAUAGAUCACGACGCACGAGUCUAUAAAAACUGGGAAGAUUACUUAUCUGAAAACACUUUGCCGAAAUCUGUCCUCGUGGUUCCAGAAAAUGGCGAGUACAAAGGCAGAAAUGUUCGCAGGCAGGGAGUAGGUGACAUUGACAUGCCAAAAGUUAGGCUGACGGUGGUUCCUUCACCAGCAUUGGGAUUGGGAGCAACAGUGAUUAGCGCUACUGAUAAACUUAGCACGGUGGCCAACAUUGGCGCCCUAGCAGGAGUGGUGGGUGCACUUGCCGCCCCAGCAAUUGCGCCCGUGGCGCUUAGUGCAGCGAUGGUAGUAGGUGUUGCUACCGGCAGCUAUGCUAUCGUACGGUCUUCGAUCACUUUGACCGAUAGAAAUAAACACGAGCAAAGUAUAGGAUUAGAAAACUCAGAGGCCCGUGCCAGUUGGAUUAAUAUACUGGUGUCCAGUGUGGGAAUGUCAUGUAGCGCUGCUGGGAAGCUGUUGUCUUGGGCAGCCGCAUCUGGUACUAACGUUAAGAUUCUUAUGAACGCCGUCCAAUUUUUACAAUAUGCAAACCUGGGUUCUGGAUGUAUUGGAGUCGCCAAUAGUCUAGGAGACAUGAUAUACAAGUAUAACAAAUACGAUGAAACGCCGACGGGCUUGGAAAUAUUCCAGUUUACGACGUCAGCCCUAUUCUUAGGUAUAGGCGUUAUGUCCAACAGAACUGCGCAGGAUAUCGUACAAGACGCCCAAGCGGACACCAUCAACAAAAUGAGGGAUGAUCUUUCAAGCAAUGCGAAGAAGAAAAUGUUCGAUAAGAUGUCUGCAGAAACUCGCAGAGUCAAGGGAAUGGUGCAAGGCAAUGCUGACGUGAUACAGGCUGUCAAAAACAUUGAAAACCCUGAUGAAUUCUUCGCAAAACUUGCAAGAAUUAACAAACAGCUAAACAAGAACAAACUUCGCAUUUCCCUAUCGCCAGACGGGCAACCACUAAUUAACAACAAUUAUAAAGUAGGCGUUGGCGACUUACAAGCGCUCGGUAAACAAGGUCGAGACCAACUAUUUGCCAAAUAUGGCCCAGCAAAUGUAACCACUAAGAAUGCACCAACUAGAGUGUAUGCCUCAAAUACCUCAGCCAACAGUUCGUCGUUGUCUCAACAAAACACAUCUUGGACCGUAAGACCCGAGGAAAUCAUCAAGAUCACCACAUUUCUUAUAAAUCUAAGCAAAAUAGAUCAAGACCAACUCGCGGAAAUUGUUUCGAUUUUAAGUGCCGAUAUUCACGAUGCGUUUUUACUUCUAUGUGCUGAAAUGAUAGCUUCAUUAAUACCAGCAGAAAUUAAAAAACUUUUGGCCUUAGAUUCCCACUUUAAAAUUCGCAUUAUCCUUUUCAUAUUCAAUUACAUUAGAUCACAAAUCAGCGUAGACGAUCCCAAUUCAAAUCUUUCUUUUGCGAACAUACUGAAAGAAUAUGUAAGAGAGGGUAGAAUAAACAAAUUUACGCUCUUGAGACUCAAAAAGAAGCUGAUGGAAAAAGUGGACAAAUAUAAAACCGAUCCUCGUUUGUUUGACGACAUGCACAGUUUUCGAAACACCUACAACAGCAGCGAGCUAUCGACAAUCCGGACUGGAGAAGUCCUCAAAAUAGGAGCCCACGAGAUUCUCAUAAAAAAUAACACAACAGAAAAACUCGAAGAAUACCUAGAAAUGUAUUCUCAAAGCCAAUGCGACAAGUUUCUAAGCCUGUGCUUUGGAUUAAUAUCGUCUUUGUCUAAAACGCAGCUACAGAGUUUGAAUAAAAUUAAUCCUGACGAAGACGCAGUUUUGCAAGUUUCGUACUUCUUAGUUCACGAAACUGAAGGAAUACUAUUUGACUUCUUAAUUGAAGAAAGUAUGGAGACAGAAUUAUUAUUAGAGGAUAUGAUUGUGUCUCUUAAAGAUGAUUUGAUGAGAUGGUGUUAUAAGCAGAGGGUUCGCCCUCACAAAACUUGUGAAGUGUGCAAAGGAAUCCGUUAUACCUAAACUAGCGACCCGCCCCUGUUCGCACAGUUACAAAUUUACAAUGUAUUAAACUUAUGUACCUAAAAACCUUCCUCUUGAAUCACUAUAUCUAAUAAAAAAAACUGCAUCAAAAUCCGUUUUAAAGAUAUACCUAAGCAUACAUACAGACAGACAGCGGAUAGACAUUUGUUUUAUACUAUGUAAUUAUAAUGAUAUGGUAUAAUGUGGUGCUCGUAAUUAUAUCGCCAAGUGCCUUAUAGUAUUAUCAAUUUAAGUUAGCUCUAAAGAUACAAAUACAUGUCAAUAUAAAUAAGAGUAUAUUUCAACAUUUCGUUGAAUAACAUAAAAAUAAUUUAAACAACAGUGAAUAAAUAAGUUGCUAAAUUUUA